AAUGGCUACAAAAACAUAUAUUUGGAAACGAGCUUAUUCCAUAUGGACAAGCUAUAUUUGAAGAGCUUGAACCGGAAACUCAGGAAAGAGUCAUGCAAACAAUACGCGAAGACUCAAAUACAAACUAUGACAAAAUCUUUCUAG